AUGGAUUCUUUUGCCAUCACAGAGGGCCUCGCCGCUCAGGAGCAACAUGAUGCACCGCCCGAAAUGUCCGCUAAACUCUCCGAGGAGACGAACAAGUUCCAGCGCGCCAUUGCCGCUUGGCGUGGAAUUGACCUAGCUAGCACCAUUGCCAAACUCGACACGACCGCUUCCGAUAUUGUUGAAUACCAGCGGGAAUCCCUUGUUCAAAGAAAGGAACUGGCGCAAAAGACCAAAGACUUCAAGAAACUCGAAGACAAGGACAAGCUCACCGAGCACAAGGGAUUACUGAAAGCGUACCAAUCAUUCAUCGAUGUCCUGACAAACCAAGGCAAGGCAUCUUCAUCUUCCUUCCUCCAAUUAUACUCGUCCCUGUCCGAAGCUCCCGAUCCCUACCCACUUCUUGAGGCCUCCGUCGAUUCCUUGGUCCUUUCUGAAGAGACCGUUCCAAAAUUGACCUCCGAGCGAGACCAAUUGCAACAGUCGGUCGAACGUCUUACCAGACAACAAGAGGAAACAGAGAAGCGUCUUCAGGAGGAGCGUGCUGCGCGGAAGAAGUUGGAAGAUAACCAAGAGGUCCGGGCGAAGGAGAUUGAAGCAUCUUGGGAGGCUGUCUUAACAGAGAAGACAAGCAACUGGACCGCGAAGGAGAAGAGUUUAGAAGAGAAGGUUGAAAAUCAGGAACGCUUGAUCAAGGAACUCAAAGCAAGCUAUGAGGUUUCUCAGCGCAUGGGCGAAGAUGACGACAAUGAUGGCGCUCGGAAUGGUGCGACCGCUGCGGAACUGGAGCUUGUUUCUUCUGAUUUGGAAAAGACCAGUUUGAGGUUAGCAGAUGUGGAAGCGCGGAAUGAGCAACUACGACUAGAACUGGCCCAGGCCGUAUCUCACUCGAACCCCGAUCGACCAACUUCUGUUGAAGAUGACCCAGCCUAUCAACGUCUUCAGUCAGAGAACUCAUCUCUGCUACGCAAGCUGGAUGCGGCUCGCUUUGACAAGGACUCGACUCGGCACACUUGGGAGGGCAAGCUCCACCAGGCGGAGAGAAACGCAUCAAAGGCCACAAUGGAGAGAGAUGAGCUGCGCGCUCGCCUGAGCAAGGUUGCGGACUAUGACGAAAUCCGCCGAGAGUUAGAAAUGAUCAAAUCGAUUGAAUUUACGGCCGGUGAUGAUGACGAGGGCGAGACUACGGCGGAGGAUGAUACAGCAAAUACCAACGGCGAUGCUACCAAGGCCAAUGGGCAAAAUUCACUAGAAAAACUCUUAUUGGCUCGAAACAAGAAAUUGACCGAUGAUCUCACUGUCUUGCGGGUGUCGUCGCGCGACAUUCAAGGGCAACUUGAAGCUAUGCGCGGCGAGCUUUCAGCGACAAAAGAAGAGCUCGAGAAAUCUCGAAGUUUAUCAUCGACCCUGGAGAACGAUCUGCUGCGAGUCCAGCAAGAAGCUGCCAACGCAUUUCCCUCAUCGGCGAUGUCCGUUGCUGGUACUUACUCUUCUCGGUACCCCCAUUCCUCUCGCCGAGGUGCGACAUCUCCCACGUCGUCAAUCAUCUCUGGCUUUGAUCAAAGCGCCGUAUCUGCCAAUACCAUGGAUGCUAUUCGUGCCGGGGAGGCUGUUGGGGGUGGCUCUGGUCUAUUGCCGAUGAUUCAGGCUCAACGAGAUCGCUUCAAGAAGAAGAAUGCAGAACUUGAAGAGGAGCUCUCCAAGUUGUACGGCACUGUCAAGUCUUUGAGGCAAGAGGUCGCGUCCCUCCAGAAGGAUAACUUGAGUCUUUAUGAGAAGACUCGAUAUGUUUCCACCUACAGCCGCGGCCAGGGUGCAUCCACAUCUGCUUCCUCGUACGCGAACGCACCCAGUGCCACCUCCGUAUAUAACUCAUCGGACACACCUUCUGGGUUGUCCAUGGAUCGAUACCAGUCUCAAUACGAAGCACGGAUCUCUCCAUUUGCUGCUUUCCGAGGCCGUGAGUCGGCCCGUGCAUACAAGCGCAUGAGUCUACCAGAACGGAUUGUGUUCUCCCUCACCCGCAUUAUUAUGGCCAACCGGACUAGUCGGAAUCUGUUUGCUGGCUACUGCUUUGCUCUUCACAUCCUUCUCUUUGUGGUGCUGUACAUGAUGAGCACCACGGAGAUCGAGAAGCAUAGCGCCAUGAGCGCUGUAGGUGGUGCCGCCGCCGCCGCCUAUGCCAACCAUGGCAUGGGCAGCGGUAGUGGCAGCGGCAGUGGCAGUGGCCAGCUCCAGGCCGAUGACUGGCAGCAAGAGGGCUUUAACCAAGCCAGCUGA